AUGACAGAUGAUCAAUGGAUUUCAAUCGUGAAUUAUUUGCAGCCUAAUGGAUGUUUUAAUUAUGAAAAUUUUGCAACUAUUCGUGACCAAUAUCAACAAGAAUGUGGUGGAUCAUUUCCUUCGUUGCAGAAUGAAUCUGCACUUAAAAAAGUAGCACAAAAACUUAAAAUCAAAAUUGAUACUAAUAAUAAUUUUGAAUUAUUAUGUGAUUGUGUCCUAUUGUCAAAUGCUGAUGAUUCUCAAUCACUAGUACAGAGUGGAUUACAUGGCGCAAUACAACCACAUAAUGAAGUCACUUUAGAAAAAUCGAAUAUUUCUUCACCAAAAAUGUUUCCACUUGCCACUAUGACUAAUGAAACAUAG